AUGGAAGCAUUUCCGAGUACCGAGCUUCGAUCUCGAGAAACUGGUCAAUGGCUCCAUCAAGACUCUGUUCGAGCAGUGCAGAAGUUCGACUCAUUCACCACCAUUGACUGGAUGGAUGAUGAGCUCGAAGAGCAUCGUCAACGUCUUCUCAAGAAACGUAAUGUCGUAUCGUUGAAAGACGCUCUACUUCAAUCUACAAGAACAUGGUUGGUUCUAGCAGCCAUGGGAAUAAUCAUUGGCGUCAUUGCUGCUUCCCUCAAUAUUAUUACUGGAUGGCUUGCAUCGCUCCGGUUGGGUCAUUGCUCUUCAAAUUUUUACUUGAGCCACGGGUCUUGCUGUUGGGAACAAGAAGGUAAGCACUGUCAGGCGUGGAAAUCAUAUCUGAAUUUUGGCCCUGUAAAGUAUUUUGUCUAUGUGAUGUGGCUGGCACUUUUCUCGUGGAUUGCUGCGAUAUUGGUGAAAACAUAUGCUCCAGCGGCUGCUGGCUCGGGCAUUUCUGAGAUCAAGUGCAUUGUAUCUGGUUUCGUCAUGAAGGGUUUCUUGGGUUGGUGGACCUUGGCCAUCAAGAGUUUAGGUCUCCCACUUGCCAUUGCUUCGGGUCUCUCGCUUGGAAAAGAAGGUCCUUCGGUUCAUUAUGCUGUGGCAGUUGGUAAUUCUGUGGCCAAACUUUUUCACCAAUAUCGUCAAUCUGCCUCUAGAGCUCGAGAGUUUCUUACAGCAACUUCCGCUGCAGGUGUGGCUGUUGCAUUUGGUUCACCAAUGGGUGGUGUUCUAUUUGCUAUGGAGGAGAUUUCGCUGGUGUUUCAAUUGCUGACGCUUUGGAAGUCUUAUUUAUGUGCCCUUAUUGCAGUGGCUACCUUGGCUGCCCUCAACCCGUUCCGUACGGGUCAGUUGGUCCUUUUCGAGGUAACCUACGAUACCACAUGGCACUACUUUGAGCUUCCACUGUACGCCUUGUUGGGUGUAUUCGGUGGGGUUUAUGGAAUAGUUGUGUCUAAACUCAAUAAGCGAGUGGCUGGGUUCAGAAAAAAGUAUUUCGUCAACUACGCUGUUCGGGAGGUGGUCACAUUGGCCAUUUUGACUUCUAGUUUCUGCUACUUCAACCAGUUUCUCCGCUUCGAUAUGACUGAAGUCAUGCAAGAGUUGUUUGCUGAAUGUCUGGCGAAAUCAGAGUCUGACUUGUGUGACCCUAAAUCGUCGAAGAUGGUCUUGUUCUUGUCACUCAUUUUCGCAACCUUAGCUCGCUCAUUCUUAACUAUCAUAACUUAUGGUUGUAAGGUUCCUGCUGGUAUUUUUGUGCCUUCUAUGGCUGCUGGGGCCACGUUUGGUCGUGCAGUAGGGUUGGUAGUGGAGAAAAUCUAUCAAAAUUACCCUGAUCUGCGGCUCUUCGCUACUUGUCCUGCUGAAGGAAAAUGCAUUAUUCCAGGUACCUACUCUUUCAUUGGUGCCGGUGCAGCAUUAAGUGGUAUCACCCAUCUUACUGUCACAGUUGCCAUUAUAAUGUUUGAACUUACAGGAGCAGUGCGCCAUAUCAUCCCCACCAUGAUCGCAGUCGCAGUGACGAAAUUCAUCAAUGACAAAUGGGGCCAAGGUGGUAUCGCAGACCAAAUGAUUGUAUUCAAUGGGCUUCCAUUUAUCGACCCCAAGGAGGAGUUCGUGUUCCGUAGUACUGUGGGUGCGGCCAUGUCAUCAGUUACAGUUGUUUUCACCUCUAAAGAUGAGUACACAUUGGCAGAAGUGCGGGAGAUUCUCUCCGAGACACCAUUCCGUGGGUAUCCGGUCGUAGAAUCAGAAUCCAAUCCUCUGAUUGUUGGAUAUGUUUCUCGUUCAGACUUGGAACAUGUUCUCAGUGAUAGCAAUUCUCUGCAAGAGUGCAACUUUAGAGCAUCGCCGCUGCCUCAUGAAAACAGUCUCAAUCUUAUUGGACUCAUCAACACAUCGCCACUUGUGGUGAGUAUUGACACCACUCUCGAGUAUUUGUUAGAUAUUUUCGUCAGACUUGGCCCCAGACAUGUACUUGUCGAAAAGGAUGGUUUAUUAGCAGGCACAAUUACUAGAAAGGACAUUUUGCGUUACGAAUAUACUACGCACGAGCUCCGCUCACCUCAUGUGGACGAUGGUGCUGACGCUAGGGUGUGGGCAAUCUUUGAACGAAUUGGCCAAGCUCUUCGGGAAAGUGCACGGCUGGUAGGAUUAGAACGCCUUGCUGCAUUUAUUUGA